AUGUGGGGAAGUUCGUUUGCGGAUCUGGCAAAGCAGGCAGCUGAGUUGCAGGAACAAGCGGCCAAGGCAGCUAAUCAAUUUCAGGAGCAAGCUGCGUCAGUUGUCGAAAAUGUCCAAUCCGAAAAGUCUUCCAAUUUUACAUCCCCCAACUUCGCCUCGGCAGGUGGCUUUUUCAACAUGGACUCGCUUCAGCAGGAAGGUGACAAAGAGUUUGCAGUCAAGGCAAAAGCACCACAAGCUGCUACUGCACCUGCAUCUGCACAAUCCCGAGCAGCUCCGACUACUAUCGUGGAGGAACCAACGAAAACAAAAGAAACACCAGCGCCCGCGGAAGAAUCUGCAGGAGAAGAGGAGGAAGAAAAUGCCCCUGCUGAUGACGACGAUGACAAUGAUGAAGAAGAUGACGACGAUGGUGAAGACCAAGAGGAUGAUCAAGAAGCACUAGAAAGGGCAUGGAAAGAACGUCAGGAACAAAAGAAACGAGAAAAGGGAAUGGCACAGGCUGCACCUGCCCCUGAUGCAAUUCAAAAGCAAUUUGAAGGGACAGUGAAGGAUGCUAGCAGUGAUGAAAAGACUGCUGAUGAGGGAAUGGAUGGUGACGAUGAAGAGGCUGACGAGGGUGGUUCCGACGGAGAAGAUGGUUGGGAUGACAUUGGAAAUGUAGAUACGGAUGAUACAGAAGACGAGGCUACGGACCCUGAGGGCACACAGGAAGAAGUAAUGAAGGAGGCCCCACCUUCGGCAGCAACGAGUACUGAUUUUCCCCAACCCAUCAGAAUGGAUCACGACGAUACCAAACUGGAGAAUGCGGAGGAAUCAAGUAAUAAUAUGGACAGGCCACCUUCAACUAUGCGCCAAGAACCAGCGCCUUCGUCGGUACCAGCACAGCAGGCUGCCAUCCCUGAUCAUGUAUUGAAUCAAUUUUCGGAGCAGCUAAAACGAUUGGAGGAGAAUCAUUUGGCCGAGAAACAAGCUUCACAACGGCGGCAUGAGCAGGAAUUGCAAGCACUCAAGCAGGAGCUUUCCCAAACCCAGCAAAGUCUACGACAGGCACAAGCGGAUGAAAAACGAGUAAAAUCAGGACACAAACUGAAAGUGGAUGCGAUGACAAGGGAAUUGAGUGGUACCCAAGAAUUGUUGUCAGAUAAGGAGAAGGAAUUCAAGCGCAUGCAGCAACAACAUCUGAAGCAGCUACGAGAUUUGGAAAAGCAAAUGGUAAAGGCUGAAGAUAGCUCACAAGGAAACGUGGCGAAAGUUAGAGCUAUGGAGAAACAAGUCCAAGAUGCCAACGCAGCUCUUGAAGCUUCAAAGGAGGAAUAUAACACACUGAAGGAGAGAACGAAAGUCAUUGCCGGUGAACUGAAAGAGCGUCGCGCAGAAUGCCGAACUCUUAGUUCAGAAGUCGAGGUUCUGAAGGCGAACAACACAAGCCUUCAAGAUCAGAUUACCCAAAUGCAAGGUGAAUCCCUCGACAUGAACCAGAAUACGAAAGAGAAGCAGCUAGAACUCCAUACGUUGAGGAGUCAAGUCGCUGAAAAGGAAGCUGAAUUGAAGGAAGCCCAACAGGCCAUCGACAAAGCAGUGGAGAAGGGCGACGAAGCCUUGUCAACCUACAAAAAAAAGGCGCAGCAGUCCUUGUCGCUCGCCAAUGCUCGAAUGGCUUCCGCGGUGCAGGCGAGGGAAGAAGCUGAGAUGGAAGCUCGGGCCGCUCGAUCAACAGCCGAUACUUCCAUGCAGAGAGCCCUCGUGGCCGAGCAAAAUGGAAAAGAGGCUGAGGCGAAGGCAAAAAUGUUUGUUUCCAAGAUGGAAAAGGAAGUUGCACAAUACAACCAAGUGAAGGAAGCACUGGAGAAAGUCACUGGAGAAUUGGAGCAAGCGAAAAAAGAUGCAGAAGAACUCAGCGAAACAAACGCCAAACAGACAUGUGAACUCCAGAGUAUUGCUGGCCGUCUGGAAGCCGCACAGAAAACAACGGAAGAUGUCAAUGCGGCACUUGCCGAGUCAGAAAACCGCAGCAGUGAACUCUUUGAGGAGACUGAAAGAUUGAACCGCGAAAUCCAUCGCCUGAAGGAUGAAUUGCAUCUCAUGGCCCUUCGAAUGAAGAAUAAGAAAAAUGACGCCGAGGAAAAGAAGGAUGGAUCGGAGCAAGCACGAGAAGUCGCUUUGAAUUCGGAAGCAGAAGCAACCAUCAAUAUGCUGAGACAAGAACUCGACGAUGCAAAUAAGGCAAUCAAGGAACUGAAGGAAACUCUCAGAGCAACAGUGGAAGAAGCCGAGGCCAUAAAAUCUGGGGCUCCGGCUGGCAGCGCUCCAGCAAAUGCUCCGUCGAGCGAAGAUGGCGGCGGCGGCGGUAUGCCAUUGUUCUAUGCAAUGGAGAAACAGGCCGAGUUGACUCAAGCAAGAAAUGAAAUCACUCGCUUAGCAAACCUUUUGGGUGACUCGGAAGCUGAUAAGCAACAUGCCAUGGAGAACAUGAAAGACAUGCAAACCAGGAUGAACGAGGCCCUCGCCAAGCUGAAGCGACAAAAUCAGCGCGAGAAAUUCACGCCUCAAGAAGAGCAAGUAAAUAUGGAAUACUUGAAGAAUGUGACGUUGAGUUUUGUCAAUGCAACAACAGUAGCCGAAAAGAAGGCCUUGCUUCCCGUGAUUGGAACUGUGUUGUGUCUCACGCCCGAGGAACUCAGCAAGGCGACCACCGCCUUGGAUAGCGGUAGCAGCACAAUGGAGAGUGUGACUAGCAGUGUUCUCAGUUUUGGAUGGGGUUCAUGA